GCUAAUAUUAGACAUAUCUUUAGCUUAACAUAAUUGUUCGAAGUGGUUUUCAUUUUUUUUAAAACACAUACAAACCUGACACUCUUGUAUCUAAACGCCUGAUAUUCUUCUAAUUUACGUAGAACACAAAUAAAAAGUUCAGAUUGUAUGCAAAACUCUAUAAAGUUAUUAAACUAACAAAAAAUAUGUCGAUUCUUUUUUUUUUAAUAACGACAAUUUCAUCUCUAAUUUUUGUUAAUGGAAUAUGUGAUGCUAACACUGGACCACUUGGAUCAUAUGAUUGCACCUUGUAUUCUCCGUAUUAUACAAAGUAUCAAUGGGCAUUAUGCUUAUCAGAUGCUCGUAUUCAAGAGAUUUCAGCAGGGAAAUUAAGAUGUCGAGAUAGAACAAGUGUUUACUGUUACUACCAAUGCAUGGUUGAUUUGUAUGGUCUUGAUAAAGGACCUGUGUACGACAACUGCGUUUGCAACAAUAACAGUGUAUCAACUCAGAUACUAUAUUUAUCAUUACCAACUUCAUGUUUUAGCCCAAAUGGAACUGACUGUUGGUGGUACCGCAACUGUCUCGCCAUCAAGUUUCCGUGUUCUGCAUCACAAAACGAAUACGCAAUAUCUUAUGGGGAAAAGUAUUGUUUCCUCUUUAAUGUUCAAAAAUCCACAUUUUCACCAAACGCACUUGAAUGGAUUAAUGCUGUAAGAAAAUGUCUACAAGUUUCAUUAGUGCCAUUGAUUCAAAAAAACUUUGCUAGCUGUGAUGAAAUUUUUAAUACAGCAAUGGAUUCGCACUCACAUUGCUAUAUUUCACCAACUCCGGGAAUUUCAGUUUGCACACUUUCUAUAAGGGAUUGGAUUGCAAUAAUUUCGACAAUAAAAAGUGCUUUCAACUAUCGUACUUGGAAAACUGUAACCCAGUUUAUUAAUACGACAAAAAAUUGUUUAGGUCCAAUAUCUAAUCAAAUUUUUAAUAAAUUUAAAAGCAUUUUAAACUUUGAACUCGGAUUUUUUUACGUAGAAUUAUAUUUAAUGUCAACUUCAAGUCGACCGAUUAGAUCCACUGGCAGUGAAAUAUUUAAUCAAGAAACUGCAUUCCAAGUCCUUGAAACAAUGUUCAAUCAAUUGAGCUGGAAGAAAUAUUCAAUUGACUGGUACAUGUACAAUGCAAACUCAAACUUUGGAAAUGACAAAUGGAACGUUAUGUUUUUACUUGCCGACACAAAUGUACUUGAAUUAACAAACAAAACAACCGGCUUAAAUAUAACAGAUGCAAUAGAUGCACUUUCAGUUGCCAUUCAAAAAGGAAGCCUUCAAAUCAGCUUGCCUGGUAGCUCUGGCGUAGUUUUUGUUGGAAAAACACUUGGAAUCUGUUUUCAGCUUGCCAAAGAUUCUUGCCUUGCGAGCGACACACUAGCUGCUUUGCCGGAAAACUUUUUUUUUAAUACAUAUACCACUUUAAAGCCUAGUUUAAACUCAUCAGCUUUCGUAUCUUGUUUAAUGGGAUCUAAUUUGCUAUUUCUGUUAACCAAUAUAUUAUUAAUGUUUUGGUAUUUUUUAUGUUGAAGUAGUUACGUAAAAUAUUUUCUGAAAUUUUUUUAGUUAUGGAAGUUUUAUAAUAAUUUGAGGACAUUUCUUUACUAUUUAAUCUUUAAAUUUUGUUUUUGCUUUUCUUUUUCUUCAAAGUUAUUCUCUACAGGAUAACGUACUGUUAGAUACGAACUGUUUUGUUCUAACUCUAUAUUAUCACAAACUAAUAAAAUCAAGAUAAAUAUUUUGAAUAAAUAUCAAGAACAUUCAACAUGAAAAAUGCAAACAAAACAGAUACCAAUUUUCUUUACUUACUACAAAAAAUAAAAAAUAAUAAUUUAAAAUUAAUUAUUGUGUAGAUGUUUGAUAUACCUAACCCUGAUUAGGAAGUUUCAGAGAGUGUUAUUACACACAAUAAUUUUGAUUAAGGAAAUCCGAAUUUAAUCCAGUUAAAUUUUUUGUAAACAAACAUAAAACAAAAACCUCUGUCUUUGAAGAAGUGAGACCUUAUUCAGUUUUUAAAUUUAUUAGUUGCACUAGGGAUGUUAGCUGAUAAUACCUUUUAAUCAGUAUUUAAAGUUAUAACAUGUUUAUCUUAUAUAUUAUGUAUAUUUGGUAAAGGUAAAGGUAAUUUGGUCAAGGUAAAGAAAUAUUAUGUAUAUUUAUUUA